CAUGCGCUUAUAUAGUAGAUACUAGAUAUCGGUAUCGAAUACUAUUCAGAAUUUAAAGAGCGUUAGUGGUGUUUUGUCAAGUACUCUUUAUAUUAAGAACAUCUUAAAAAUGGAUGAGGAUGACCUAUUAAGGCGACCAUCAGCGUGAGCUGCUACACUAUAUUUUAAAACAAUAACAAUCAGGAAUCAGCCGGGGCGAAAGUAUCAAGGACGAAUCGCACUAAAUACAUUUGGUCCGUAAAGGUGGCAGGCUAGGCACAUUUGCUAUACAUUUGUUUUCAACUGACUAUCCAUGUCAAAGUAGCAUAGCAUCUAAAUUUCAAUAUGUUCAUCAUACUAUAGACCAGCAGGAUUACAAAAUGUCCGUAGCAACUUACCACAACGCGGAAAAGCACGCAGUCAGUCCCUAAAUCCUAGAAGGCUAGUGAGCCGAAAUCAUCCCGAAAAUAUUACUUAUGCUGGACAUCCAGCAAUGAAUGAAAUUCAGAACCGAACACCUAGAAAUAGAGCACCACAUUUUAAAGAACCAAAACCAAAACAUCCCUAUUUAAGAAACGGCAGAAAUGUCAAUAAAUCUGAACAAAUGGAUUCAACGAACAUGACAACCAGUAAAAACCGUCAGGACCGAGGCCAAGAAGUUGAUAACAAAAUAAGAAAGAUGGGAUUUUUAACCUUAGAAGCAUUGGCAAAAUCAGAUGCUAAAGAUAUACUUGCAAACUUGAACGCUAAGAAGGAAGGAUUUCUGAAUCUUUUGCAAUCUCCAAUUGAGCGACCUGACGUACAUGUACUGAUUAUGGAACUCUUAUCAAAAAUAUGUGAAUCUUCAUUUCAUCAGUUAAAAUUAACUGUAAUAUUGGAUGUUUGUAAUUCGCAAUAUAUUGGCAAUUUUAAAAAUUAUUUGUUGGAUUUACCCUACGUUUUAAACAAGUCUACAAACAAUAAAUACUGGAAAAAUGAAAUGGAAUUUUGGAAGAAUUUUAUAGCUUUUUGUGAAUCCAUCAUAGUAAUGUCGCCAUCGACUGCGUUGACCAAAUGUAGAUCUCUCAUAGAAGGAAGUUCUAAAUGUUGCCUAGAGGGGCUACAAGAUAGGCAUAAUUUUACAUUACCCGAGGAAUAUAACUUGAAGUUAAUACAACUUCGUGAGACGUUGACGGCGCAUGAAAAUGACAAAACUGCGAAAGAAGAACGAAAGCUCGUUUUUGGGGAUGAAGAACAAGAACCACCGGAGAAUUUCAGGAAUUUGAGCGUCGUGCCACGCCGGGAAGAUUUGAUCGAUGAACGUCCAUAUUUGAGAGCAAAUUUGAUAUCAGGCAGAUAUUGCGAUGUGGAACAUUAUCUAGACGUACAAUUCAGGCUCCUCCGUGAAGAUUGCUUCGGACCUCUUCGGGAAGGAAUACUCCAGUUUAUUCGAGAUCCCACCAAAAAUAAAUACGAUAAUAUACGAGUUUAUCAUAAUGUCAAAUUUGUUGAGUCCUAUAUAUCGCCACAGAAAAUUGGUUCCGUUGUGGAAGUUGAUGAUUACACUAAAAAAAGAUUUAAAAAGAUAAACUGGUCUUAUAGCAAGCGAUUUAUUUAUGGAUCGCUAGUUCUAUUUACCAAGGACAAUUGCAAUACAUUUAUUGUAGCGACGAUAAUUGACCGAAAUAUAAAAUAUAUGGACAACGGAAAAAUUCCAGUGUCAAUUAUUGAUCUUAUCGACGUUGGUGAUUAUUUAUAUGGAAAUCAAAAAUAUACGAUGAUUGAAAGUGAAGUUUAUUUCGAGCCUUAUUAUCAUAUUCUGAAAGCUCUACAGGAUUCGACAUUUCCCGAACAUAUAGCAAUGAAAAAAUAUAUCGUCGAUGUUGAUCCUGAACCUACUCAUCCUGCGUAUUUACAAGUAGAUAAAUCAUAUAAAGUAAAAACAUCCGAUUUCAAAAGCAUGACAUUUAAUGUACUCGAUUUUAAUACGUGGCCAUCUAAUGAUGACUUUGGAUUUAAUCAAAGUCAGUAUGAAGCAUACAAAACCGCUUUGACUCGCGAGUUUGCCGUGAUUCAGGGUCCGCCGGGGACUGGCAAGACAUUUUUGGGUAUUAAAAUAGCACAAACAUUGUUACAGAAUAUUGACAAGCGCGGAUGCGUGCUAUUACUUGUGUGCUAUACGAACCACGCUUUGGAUCAAUUUUUAGAAGGUCUUAUACCGGUUACGAAUUCAAUUGUAAGGAUUGGUGGUCAAUCUCGAAAUGAGGCUAUGGAAAAGUUUAACUUAAAUCAACUUAGGAAGCAAUCAACGAGAAGUUCAUCAAGUGCUGUUCGACUUUUUCAUGGGCAAAAAAACGAGUUAAAAACAAACAUAUUAAAAUUACAGGCAGCUCAAAGUGAAAUCGACUCCAUAAACGAGUCCAUAGUUAGUUAUACUUGCAUGACAGAAUAUGUUCCAGGGUGUUCGAACCUUGGAGAUUUAUAUAAAACAACUCUCAAAAGUGGAAAAGACCCAUUAUCUUUUUGGUUAUUUGAAAACUUAGAAUACGACUUCAAAGAACCUAUUACAUUCAAAGAAGAUCAGACAGAAGAAUGUAUAAAUACAGAAUUCAUGAACAAUAAUAAUGAGGUCAUCAUGGAUGAUUUUGAAAUAGACAACAAUCAAUUUUCUUAUUCUAGCAUUAAGAAAGCGUUUUCUUUAAAGAUUGCAAAAACUCAACUAUUACAUAGCACUCAACAAUAUCAAAAAAAAAAUUUGAAUUCGACUUAUAAACGUAAUCUACACUUUGAUAUUGUUGCUCUGAGAGCCCGGAUAAAGCGUUUUACUGAAAUGAAAAACUAUGAAUUGCUAGGAACUCAUACGACUCCAGUUGAUUUACAAAAUCUUCGCAAUUUGCCUAUGAUUGAUCGGUGGCUAUUGUACUUCCGUUGGACGAAAAUAAUUACAAAUAAACUUAAAAACGAUAUUAGACCUCUACAGGAGUCUGUGAAAGAUUCGAAUACUGCUUACGAAGAAUCAAGAAUGCUACUGGACGUUCAGUUGUUGCAGAAUGUCAAAGUGAUUGGCAUGACAACUAGCGGCGCAGCGAGACUAAGAAAGUUGCUAAUGGUGCUAGCGCCACCUAUUGUUAUCGUGGAGGAAGCCGCAGAAGUAUUAGAACAGCAUAUUGUUACAUCGCUCACUAAAAGUUGUGAACAUCUAAUCCUUAUUGGCGACCACCAGCAGCUGCGACCGUCGGCGGCGCACAUGCGGCUCGCCAAGCACUUCAACCUGGAGGUGUCGCUGUUCGAGCGCAUGAUCCUCAACGCCGUGCACAGCCGGCGCCUGUCCGUGCAGCACCGCAUGCGCCCGGACAUAUCCGCGCUCAUCGUGCCGCACAUCUACGCCGAGCUGCUCGACCACCCGUCCGUCGCCCACUUCCCCGACGUGCGCGGCCUCACCGACAACGUCUUCUUCUUCUCACACGAGUACCAGGAGGAGGUCGUGAAUGAAAGUUCCAGCAAAGCGAACAAAAAAGAAGCAGACCUGACUCUUGGUUUCGCCAACUAUAUAAUGCAACAGGGCUACCAGCCACAAGAUGUCACCAUAUUAACCGCUUACUCCGGUCAAAUGUUUUAUUUGAGAAAACAAAGACCUUUAUAUGCACAUCUGUCUAAAGUGAAAAUCACGGUUUUGGAUAAUUACCAAGGCGAAGAAUCAAAAAUCAUAAUACUUUCGCUCGUGAGAAAUAACGAUCAGAAAAAAAUCGGAUUUUUGGGAACGAAAAACCGUAUCUGCGUUGCGUUAUCCAGAGCCAAGGAAGGGUUUUACAUAUUCGGCAACAUCGAUAUUUUGAAAGAGAAUUCGAACUUGUGGACUAAAAUCGCUGAAACCUUAGAAAACCAGGGAUCAUUGGGGACAAGCAUACAUCUCAAAUGUCAAAACCAUCCGGAUCAAAUAACGACCAUUUCGUCAGUGGAGGACUUUAGUAAAGUACCUGAAGGCGGCUGCCUCUUGAAAUGCAAUUACAAUUUGCCCUGUCUUCAUGCUUGUCCACUUGUAUGUCAUAGCUAUGACCCAGGACAUGCUACUAUUAUUUGUCCGUUUAAAUGUGAAAGAAUUAUUUGUCACCUGAAUCAUGUUUGUCCCUUGAUGUGCAAAAACAAAUGUGAACCGUGCAAGCAAAUGAUAACGAAAAAAUUACCGUGCGGCCAUUAUAAGGAAAUAUUCUGCUAUUUAAAUCCCACAGACCCAUCGAUAAAAUGUCUAACAACCGUUUCUGUCAAAUUACCAAAAUGUGGACAUGAGGUUAACAAAUCGUGUUAUAUGGACACGCACAAGGUGUCGUGCCCGGUGCCGUGCGGGCUGCUCGUGGAGCGCUGCGGGCACGCGUGCGCGCGUUCCUGCCACGUCCAGGACGACCCCGAUCACGAAUUUUAUAAAUGCUCGAAACCUUGUGUAAAAGCUAAGAAAGGCUGCACAAUGGAUAUGGAAGGUGAUCGUGGAGAUCAUCAGUGCAGAAAGCAGUGUCAUGAGACAUGUGACGACUGUAACAUAGAAGUUGUAAAGAAAAGAACGUCAUGCAAGCACAAGGAACGUAUCGCGUGUUCUAAGAACGUGGACGAGACGCCUUGCCGCAAGAAGUGCGCGCGAACGUUGCCAUGCGGACACUUCUGUAUGAAGAAGUGCUUCGAAAAUUGUGGCGACUGCAAAAUAAAGGUGAAGAAGCCGAUCCCGGAGUGCGGUCACGAGGUGGAGCUGGAGUGCGGCGUGGAGGCGACGCGCGCGCGCUGCGUGCGGCCGUGCGCGCGCCGCCUGCGCUGCGGCCACGCGUGCCACCAGCUCUGCCGCGACGCCUGCGACGCCACGCUCUGCACCGAGCUCGUCCCGCACCACUUCGACUCCCCCUGCGGACACCGAGUGCAGCUGCCUUGCAACGCCUACUCCGCGGCAAAUGGUUCCCCGAGCCACGAGACGCUACUGGAGCAUUGCAGGGUGGUAUGCGGUGCUGAACUAGAGUGCGAACACAUUUGCGCCGGCAACUGCGCGAGCUGUCUCCGUGGACGUCUGCACCAGCCCUGCAGUCAGCUCUGUAAACAAAUAAAUAUCUGUGGACACGAAUGCGAGGAACCGUGCAACGAGUUGUGCCCGCCCUGCAACAAAACUUGCGAGAUGAAAUGCGUGCACGCGCGUUGUCCGCGACCCUGUGGUGCGCCCUGCAUUUCUUGCAAUGAGCAGUGCACACGUGCGUGCCCGCACGGGCGCUGCUCGCGGCGCUGCGGCGAGCAGUGCUCGCGCGCGGGCUGUUCACACCCGUGCCCGCUGCUGCUCGCAUGCGGACACGCGUGCCGCGGCCUCUGCGGCGAGAGAUGCCCUGACAUCUGCAAGAUUUGCAAUCCAGACGACUUUCCCAAAGACUUUCUGGGAGACGAAUUUAACGACGAAGCUUUAUUUGUAGUUUUAGAAGAUUGCGGUCACAUAAUGGAAUUUGAGGAUAUGGAACAUCUAAUGAAUUCUGAAACCGAAUCUAUAUCUAUUCGUGCUUGCCCGUUUUGCCGCAAGCCCAUCAUAAACACACCUCGUUACAAAGAUUUAGUUAAUAACAGAAUGAAAACUGAUAUAAAUCCUAUCAAGGAGCGUGUUUAUGGCAAUGUACAAAAGAAUCUUGAUACCAAGAAUAGCUUACUUGAAAAUAUAUCAAAGUUCCAGAAUGCACACAAAAAUAUAUUAUCAGACAAACUACAUUCAGAUUGGAAAAAUGCCUUCAAAAUAUUGCAGAAUUUCAUCCACAAAUAUAAAAAAAAGAAUUCACUAUUACAAUUAAAUAUGCAUUUUAUGUAUUUAAAUAUUUUGGAAAAGUUGGCAAAAAUUUAUGAAAAUUUCAAAACAGCUAAAUUGACAGAGUUGCAAGACGAGCUUGUUGAAAAUAUUUCACUAAUAUCUUGUUUUCUUAUAAGAAACGUAAGAAAGAUUAGCCAACAACAACAAAUGGAUAUCCGUAAUGAAAUAAAACGUCUGAAUUCAAUUGUACAGCUUUCAAAGCUAUUAAGCAGCAACAGUUACAAGAUAAGCAGAUCUGAUCCAAAAGUAAACGAAGCAAUGGAAGCUGCAAAAAAUAUGGUUCUCGGAAUUGGCAUUUACAAAGAAGAUAAUGCUAUUAAUGCACUCAAGAUAUUUCAAGAUGGUAUAAAAGCGUCUGGUAUAGUGACAAAGGCUGAACGUGAUAUGAUUGUUCGGGCUAUAGGUGCUAAAGCUGGGCAAUGGUUCAAGUGUCCAAAUGGUCAUUUCUAUAGCAUAAACCGAUGUGGAGGUGCUACGGUUGAAGGCAUAUGUAUAGAAUGUAAAGCACGUAUUGGAGGAACUAAUCAUAGAUUGCUUGGAGAUAACAAGCACGCGCCUGAAAUUGAUAAUUCGAAAUUUCCAGCGUGGUCUGAAGAGGCUAACAAUAUGGCAAACUUCGAUUUUGAAAAUUUAUGGUAGUUUACAAAUUUGAAUUACAGACACCGAUUAUGAAGUUGUAAAAUCAUGCUAUAGUUAAAAAUGGUCUACAGUGUAUUGUAGAGAUAUUAUUAGAUAAGUUUGUACUGCACCCAAAUGUAUCCGUCUUUUACAAUCCUAAAAACUUCUUGCGAAUAUCGCAGGACGUAAUAUAAUUAUAUUAAUACAACUGCAAAAAGUACUUCAUUGGGAAAUUUAAAUUUCUAUAAAAUAUAUAAUAGUUAUUAUGUCCCUAAGCUAACUAAUACUUUAAGAACAUAAAUAAUGUUUGCUUAUUAGUAGUUAAAGUGAUACUUGAAUAAGUUUUAACUAUAUUGCUUGGUUUUACGUAAUUAUUUAACAAACCGAUGGAUUUUUACUUCUCCAUUUAAUUUUGAGAGAUCAGUUUAUUUCACCACUGCUACUUUUACUUUAUAAUUUGUACUAGCCCUUUAUCUAAAUUUAAUUAACUUGAUUUAAAUAAAAAAAAAUUGACAAAUAAAACUUUUAGAUAUAUAGUCCCAAAAAGCUUAAUUAUAAUAUAUUUCUUAAAUUGGAUUGUUUUAAUCUAUUCUCAUUUUGUUAUAAUUUAUAUAAUAUUAUUAUUUUACAUGUCUAUUCCAUUAUUGUCUGUUUGCUUUCGCCUUUUCAAACUUACAAGUACAUCUUUCCCUUGCAUACUAUAAUUCAUAUAAUAUGCACUCCCUUGCAUACUAUAUUUAUAUAAUGUCACUCCACUCCAUAUUUCUCUUCUUGAAAUCUUACGCAAUUUCAGCCAUUCUGACGCCUGAGCAAAAUUAUAUUCUUCAAGUUUCUGUACUCUGUUCAUUAGUUAAUUCAAAAAUCAAAGUAAGUUAGAUAUAAAUAAUAUAA